AUGGCCUCAGAAGUUGAUGAUCAAUACGAAUGGAGGAUUAAUGGUCAGAAUGGGUCAGGGAUUUUCUCUACUAGUGAGACGUGGAGAGCCCUAUUUCCCUGCACGUUGGAGGUGUACUGGCACGAUGUGCAAGAGAUAGGAUGGCAGCACUUAUUUUUUGACUGCGAGUUCAGUGAGAGAGUAUGGUCGUUUUUCACAACGAGACUCCACCUUAGCUCACCUCGGGUGUUUGAGGAUAGGUUGAGAUGGCUGAAGGUUCCGACAAGAGACAUGAAUGUGAAGUUGAUUGUGAGGUUGAUAUAUCAAGCUUGCGUGUAUUUGAUUUGGAAAGAGAGAAACUCCAGAGUACAUACUGAUACAGCGAGGCCUCCUGAAGCUAUCAUUUCAGAGAUUAAGCAAACGAUUCGGUUGAGGUUGGAUCCUUUAGCUCGUGCACAAGUUCUGGGAAUAGGAGAGAGUUCAGUUCUUGCGGUUUGGCUCUCGAUUUUUUAA